AGAGUGCCCACGUCUCCCUGUCGCUGUAUUCGCCUAUUUAAGGAAACCUCGCAAGAGCUCAUUACGCAGACAAAUACACUUCAUCUACUAGCUAAAACAGGUAAAAAUGGGAGUUUCAAAGGUUGCAGUAGCAGCAGCAGCUCUGAUGUUGAUGGUACUGGUGAUUCAUCAUCCUGCAGUCGAGGGAAUAACGUGUGGACAGGUGACAAGCUCGGUGGGACAGUGCUUGGGGUACCUCAAGACCGGUGGGAAGCCGGUUGCGGGCUGCUGCAACGGAGUGAGGGGGCUCAACAGCUUAGCCAGAACACCUGGUGACCGCAAACAGGCCUGCGCUUGCCUCAAGACCAUUGCUGGUGCCGUCAAAGGGAUCAACUAUGGCUACGCCGCUGCCCUCCCCGGGAAGUGCGGUGUUAAGAUCCCUUACCCCAUUAGCCCCAACACUGACUGCAGCAAGGUGACUUAAGGCCUCUACGUGUAUAUAAUGGACCGAAGAUCUACAUGUCCCUAGCUAUAUGACGAGUCCAUAUAUAUGUGUGUGUUGUGAGAGGAUUUGAGUUACAGAUCUACUGAGUAUUACUUAUAAUAACGAUUGGGGAUUUCGUUGAUUGUUCGAUCACGUUCCAAUUAAAAUCGAUUUAUAGUGACUUAAAGUACGUAUUUCAUGUAUUUUUGUGUUUUACUUCAAUUGUACGUCGAUCAGUAAUAAGGAGCGUCCAUGGAUACAUAUCCUUGGUCAUGUGUCUUUCUGUAUGUUUGAUUUUUAAUCAAUUUACGGUUGCUUUUCGGCAA